GAUAUUUUAUAACAGUUUUUGAGAGACCAAGUGUCAGGCACGCCAUUCACCUGACUCUUGCUUUCCUGCUGCUGACAUACAUACAUACAUACAUACAUACAUACAUACAUAUUUAAUUGCUAAAUUUUGCAGCUUGCUUGGACUUUUGGGCCAGAGUAAGGCAAGUGCAGAAAACAAGAGGAAGACGUGAAAAUGCGGACCCUCAUCAUUCUUGCACUCCUGGCUGUUCUCAUGGUGACAGGUUUCUGCUAUGAGUCUCAUGAGAGCAUUGAAUCACAUGAAUUUACAAGUCCUUUCAUUAACAGAAGGCAUGCCAACAUUUUUAUGAGACCCCCAGCAGAGAACAGGAGGAACCCAUAUUGGCAGGAAAGGAUCAGAGAGCGCAGAAAGACUCCCCAGGAACGCCAACGGGAGAUAUGCGAAGAUUAUUAUCCAUGUGAAAAUUAUGCUGCGCGCCAUGGCUACGUUGCUGCCUACAAACGGUUCUUUGGGCAGAGGAGGGGCGAGUGAAAGCAUUACCAUUCCCAGUGCCUGGAGCCUGGAUUUUGUAGCUACAAAGAGUGACAUCUUUGAAAUGUAUUGUUGCUUCUUAACUGCAUAUUAUUCCACCUGUUGCUUCAUUCUUUUGUAGCCAGUGAUUUCUAGUAUCUGUUAAUUAGCACAAUGCUGAUGUAACCAUGGUUGGGCAGAGAAGGGAUGUAGGUGUUUCUUAUGAAAUAAACAAUACGGUUUGUUCAUAACUGAAGAGUUUUCUUUCUGCUAUUUGCAUGUCAAAGAUGAAGGUGCAUAUUUGUACACACUUACUUAGAAUUUAAGAUAUCUAAUAAAAUACUUUGUGUUGGAUGUAGA